UAUUUACUCUUGGGUCUUGUGUGAUGAUGUCGUGCAUUUGUUGCGAAAUUGUGAAUUAAAAACAUAAAUUCGUGAUGAAUUAUUUCCAUUUUUAAUUCCUUGGUGAUCUGUGGAGUUUGCUUGUCUUAAUUAUUUCGGGAUAUUAUUCGGAAAUGUGUUAAACGAUAAAUAUAUAAAUAGUACUUUUUGCGAUACCUAGGCGGCAGAAUGUCUGAUGAACCAGAAGCUAGGAUGUGGGAAGAUGAAGGGACUCGGUAUGAUACUAGAAGUCGAGGCUCAUAUUUUGAAUCUGCAUUUGCAUCAACAGAACAUCUGGAUAGAGCUCCGUUACUGUCAGAAGAGACAUACAGCGAAGUGCAGACGACAUCAACAGAGGACCAUCACUGUCAUUGGAAGCCGCAAAACCAGCCACCCAGCUCAGUACCACAGCUGCUCGCCGCGUUGUUACUCUGUGCCGUGUUCAUGGUGUGCGAAUUAGUGGGAGGAUAUCUCGCAGGCAGUUUAUCUGUGAUGUCGGAUGCGGCGCACAUGCUGAGCGACUGUGGAGGCUUUGCCCUCGCACUGUUCGCGUUCAGGUGUGCCCGUCGACCACCCAAUGCUACAAUGUCGUAUGGAUAUCGACGAGCUGAGGUGCUGGGUGCGAUGGCGUCAGUUCUUCUCAUCUGGGCAUUGACCGGUAUCUUCGUGUAUGUAGCGGCACUACGUAUCCACACAGGAGAAUACAGCAUCGAGCCAGACAUGAUGAUGAUAGUGUCAGGAUGCGGUGUUGCCUUCAAUGUUGUGUUGGCGUUAGUUUUGCACGGAUGUGCUUCUGAUAUUGCUCACUAUCACUCACACGGGGGCGCUGCGUGCGGGCAUGCGCACGCGCAGGAACAACGACCGCGCAUCGCUUUUAGAAUGUUCCGUCGUUCAAAGCACAAUGGUCUUGUGAACGGGGACUACAGUCUGAAGGAUAUGGCCACUGUUGAGGCUGAUGUUAAUGCAAGGACCAAAAAUAUCAAUUUGCGAGCGGCUCUCAUCCACGUGAUUGGAGAUCUAAUACAAAGUUGUGGUGUGCUGCUUGCCUCUGUACUUAUUAAGUUCUAUCCGGACGCGAAGGUAGUGGAUCCGAUCUGCACGUUCGUGUUCAGUGUGCUGGUGUUGCUGACGUCAGCGCGCGUGGUACGUGACGCGCUCGCCAUGCUCAUGCAGGCAGUGCCAGCUAACUUCAGGUACCGUGAGUGCGUGAGCGCGUUGCGCGGCGUGCGCGGUGUACGACACGUGCAUUCUUUGCACGUGUGGGCACUGUCUACACACUACCUCGUCCUAACUGCACACAUCGCCAUCGAUGAUUUGUCCGAGAGCGAGCGCGUGCUGCACGAGUGCCAGGCGGUGGUGCGCGACCAGUUCGUGGUGCAGGCGGCCACGCUGCAGGUGGAGCGGCACUGCGCCCCGCGCCCCGCCUGCCCCGCCUGCCGCCAGCCCGCCGCCGCCCCGUGACCUCCCCCCACCCUCACGCGAUAAGCUGGGGUGAAUAAAUAUUGAAAUAUGUAUGAGAAACGCCAAAAGUGUAUGGACUUAAGUGUAUGGCUAUGGACAUUAAAACCAAAAAUAAUAUUAAGUCGAAUUCUAUUUAUAAGAAUAUGUAACAUUAUAAUU